AUGGCUGCAAAGGACUCGGAACAGAACCUCGUUCUCGUGCCUCACGCUUUCUGGCACAGAUUUCUACAACCAAAACUCGAAAAACUGCUCGACAAAAAGCUCCCACCCAACAAGUCAUUCAAGGCCGACGAAACUAAUGUCGUGGUGUCCGUCACUGACCGAUCGGAGCGGGAUCUCGUAAAUCGGUUUGACGAACUUGACAUUGAGUGGCCCAUCCUGGAGAAGCAGCUGCAGGCUUGGAAUGUCGUUCAAUUACAUCGAGACCAGCCGAUCGCGGAACACAACAACGCGGCAGGGCACCAGACGAGGAUUUUCGUCUACCUCUCACCGUUGGGCGGGGUAUACAUCUUCUGGCUCUUCGUCUAUUCGCUCACCAUCGGCUCGCUAGCCUACAGCAUCAUCUCGGAGACGUCGAGCGUACGGCUGCAGCCGCUGUCAGUAAUGCUCACGCGCACUGCCUACCAGCGCACCACCGUUUUGUCGCAAGCCCUGGUCGUCUUUGUCUGGGUCUACUUCCGCCUGCCCGAGAUCAAGUGCCGCAUAGACGAGGAGCUGAACAUCCUGUUUGCCAACAAGACGCGGGCGCGCGCGUUUGCCAAGGCCCAUGUAGAUACGUACGCUCUGUUGGCUCCGGUUGAGGCGCAUACAAAUAUUAUUGAGAGCGAGUAG